AUGCCCAACACACCUUUACUUCUGAUCAGAUCUCCCAGAUUUGACAGACUUUCUCCAAGAAUUACUGCUGAUCCUAAUGAUAUUAUUGAUAUUAUCAACCAACAAGAAAUACAAAAUUAUAAACUUGGGAUAAUUCUUCUUGUGAUUGCGUUGGCUACUUGGAUUAUUGGUUUAGAAUUGGUCAAUGCAGUAUUGAAAGGAGAUGAUUAUGAAAAACCUUGGUUAUUUGCAGUAAUUACUGGGUCAUGUUUCUCCAUAAAUUUAUUACCCGAUAUAAUUCUAGUUAAGAGUUGGAGUAUUUUUUCUCAAACUCCGAUUAAAGAAGAAGAAGAAGACUCGCCAUUACUUCAAACAAAAUCGAAAGAAAAGAAUGAUAAUGUUUCAGAAUUAACUCCCCAAGAAGUAUUUAUUUUAGCAUUUCAGAUAUCAGUCAUUUAUUAUUUAUAUAAUGUUCUUGGGAUGUCUGCGUUAAAGUUCACAUCAGCUCUGAAUCAAACAGUUAUGGGAUCAACAACAUCAAUGUUUACGUUAAUAAUAGGAGUGAUACUCAAAACAGAAAUUUUUACAAUUAAAAAGGCAAUAUGUGUGAUUGGUAGUUGUUUGGGAGUGUUUUUGGUAAGUUUUAGUAAUACUUCAGGGGGGAAAGGCAAAUUUCAACCGAAAAAUCCUGUACUUGGAAAUACAUUGGCAUUGGGUGCAGCAUUAAUGUAUGCCUUUUAUUUGCUUAUUAUGAAGUUGAAAUGUGGUACUGGGGAUAAAACAACUAACGAAAGAAGACUUUUUGGAUACGUGGGAUUAAUAACUUUUGUUAUCGGUGUGCCAAUAUUGUAUGUGGUUGAUCUAUUGGAGAUUGAAGAAUUUCAAUUUCCUCCUCCAAAUAAUACUAUUUUAGCUAGCAUUUUUAUUAAUGGUGUAUUUUCUGUCAUUUCCGAUUACACUUCUGUGUUGGCCAUGUUGUUGACUUCUCCAUUGGUAGUAUCUUUAACUUUGACGUCAGUGAUCCCAAUCACAAUUUUGAUUGAUUAUCUCGUGUUAAUAUCAACUGGGAAUUCUGUGAAAACCAGUUUUGUGUAUGUUUUUGGUAUUGUUUGCAUCCUAGUUGCAGUCGUGUUGGUCAAUGUCAAUAUAACAUCUGAGAACGAUUUAAUAGAGGAAGUCAUUGAGCAUGCUCUUGAAGAAGCAAUAAGAAAUGAUGAAGUGAUGUCACCAAUGUUAAGUCCAUUAUUGAGUCCUAGAAACAAUGGUGCUAAUGCUUUUGGACUGCUGCUGCUGCAGCAGCAGCAGUUGCAAUUGCAAUUGCUGCCUCAUGCAUCUCCAAUUGGUAUUUCAUUAUUUUCACCUAAACUCAAAUCUAAACAUCCUCUUAGAAUAUCUCAUUUCAAUCUCAACGACAACGAUGAAAGUGAACCAACUUUUAAUGCAAACCACGAACCGUUGUAUGGCAUCACAUCAUCACCACCAAAUAUUUUUGUUGUUCAAGGUAAAAAUCAUCAAUACCAAAUAAAACGAAAUAUAGAUGAAUAG